AUGUGGUCAGUGGGCUCCACGUAUGUGAUCCGGUCGCCCUGGUAUGCCGAGGUGCGCAUGCCCACUGAAGGACGCAGCGGCUCAAUUCUACCAUCGUUGAAGAAGAAGUGUCUUAACGACCAAGGGAUGUCUGAGGAGGCUAUCCGUCAGACUCGGAGCCAGAAGAGGGCGCUUGAGAGAGAAGUUCCCUCCACGGAGACCUCAAACACUGACAAUGAACACAAAAAGCAUAAACUUGACAUGGAAUUGGAGUCCAUAUCACAGAGUCAAACAAAAGUUGACAGCUCUGAAUCCCAGGACAGUCUCUCCGAGCAGUGCAAUGAGCAUGAUGAAGAGCAGCGUCAAGACAUAAUUGCACAGACUUCAUCGUCUUCAGUUUUAUCAUUAGACUGUCAACCAGCAAAGAAUGAGCCGCCACAAUUACCAAAAGAGGAGUCCAGCUUGGACAAUCAGACUGAAUGCACAGACAGCCCCAAUCAUGGGAGGAGAGAAAUCACCACAGAUAAAAGAACCUGGGUGCAACAAACUGAGACAAAAGCGACUGGUGACAUGUUGGCUGCAGAUGAGGUGGAAGCCACAAUCAAGGUUGAAGUUCAAGCUGCGGAUCAGCCUGUGGAUAUGACCACAUGUAAAAGUAUCAAACGAGAGAACCAUUCUUCGUCUCCUGAAGAUGAUGAUGUCAUUAUUCUGUCAGAUAACGACUCAGCCAGCCCACAAAUAAACGUCCGGAGUCUCUUUAAGGAGUUGGACAAGGAGCUACUGAAGAAGAGCAGUGCUGAAGAGAGGGGACGUGUCAUAAAGCAGCUGAAGGAAGAGCUGCGGCUGGAAGAGGCCAAACUGAUUCUUCUAAAGAAACUCAGACAGAGCCAAAUACAGAGGGAUACUAUUCACAAGGCUUCUGGUUCAACUGGAUCCUCUGUGCCACCUCCUCUUAUUCGAGGGACUAUAGCUGGCAGUAAAGGCUCACAACAGAUUUUGACAAGUCAUAACUCCAGUACUGUUGUUCCACCACCACUAGUGCGCGGUGGGCAGUCGAAACAUGGCUCCCAGGUUUCCAUGCCGCCUCUUGUUCGAGGAGCACAGCAGAUCCAGGCUCUCCGACAGCAAUUUUCUCCGACAGGAAAUUCAGGAUCAGGACCCCCUCCUUUGCUCCUUGGCACCAGGAACUCAGCACCAGCCUCCCACAGUCAGCGAGGUUUGGUCCAGUCAGGCCACAACAAAAUGGGAAAUAAUGGCAGCACCUUGGGUGCCUCGACCAUGAAAGGAAGUGGAUUGUCUGUGAUCAAUGACUCUCCUGCCAGUCGCCAAGCUGCAGCAAAACUCGCUCUGAGGAAACAGCUGGAGAAGACGCUCCUGGAAAUACCUCCUCCAAAGCCUCCAGCCCCAGAGUUUAACUUUCUGCCUUCAGCUGCCAAUAAUGAAUUUAUCUAUCUAGUUGGACUUGAAGAAGUAGUUCAGAAUCUACUUGACACUUUCCGCAAAGGAAAAAUGGGUUUUACAUCCACCAGACCUCAUGUCGGAGACCCUUUUCUUUGCACCCAAUGCAAGACUGACUUCACCUGUCGCUGGAGGAAAGACAAAACCAAAGGUGGUGUGGUCUUCUGUGAAGACUGUAUGUCGUCCAAUCUGAAAAAAGCUUUAAAAGCGGAGCAUACUAACAGGCUAAAAGCAGCUUUUGUCAAAGCAUUGCAGCAAGAGCAAGAAAUUGACCAGUGUAUUAUUCAGGCCUCAUCAAAAGUAUCCCACAGUAGCUCAUCUUCAUCGCUGAAGGCAGAGCGCCUUGCGUCUCAGCAGUUAAAACACGUCAGAGCGUCGUCCUUACAGCACCAAUCAAGCCGAAGAGUCAACCUGGUUCAUAAUCACUCAAUCAAGCAGAGCUCACUCGGGCAGCUGUCCCGCGGCACUGUGGCAUCAGUGGGUGCUCGAGGCGUUCCUCACUCCUUCUCAUCUUCUUCUCAGCUCCAGAGUGCAGUUGCGGCCGCAGCUUUGGUCAGUCGGCCAGGAGUAACGAUGGCCUAUGUAAACCCCAGUUUGACUGAUGAGCUGGAGCGGCACUAUCCCGAUACCUUUCCUGUGUGUGCUGCUACUCGAGCGAUGGCUAGUAAAUCUCCAACUAAACCUAAAGAUUCCACAGUGGAUCUGUCCGACACCUUCCUAGCCAAGUUAGAUGUUCUCUAUAAUGAAGAGAAGCAAAAAAUGUAUAUGGUGAUGGAGUACUGCGUUUGUGGGAUGCAGGAAAUGCUGGACAGUGUCCCUGAGAAAAGGUUUCCAGUGUUUCAAGCUCAUGGGUACUUCUGCCAACUCAUAGAUGGCCUUGAAUAUUUGCACAGCCAGGGAAUAGUCCAUAAAGACAUUAAGCCGGGGAAUCUGCUGCUGACCACUGAUGGAACGUUAAAGAUCUCAGACCUUGGUGUAGCAGAGGCUCUUCAUCCAUUUGCUGAGGACGACACGUGUCGGACAAGCCAAGGCUCUCCAGCUUUUCAGCCUCCAGAAAUUGCUAAUGGGCUGGAUACCUUUUCAGGCUUUAAAGUGGACAUUUGGUCUGCAGGAGUAACACUAUACAACAUUACAACAAGUCUUUAUCCAUUCGAGGGGGACAAUAUCUAUAAGCUAUUUGAAAACAUUGGAAAGGGAGAUUUCUCUAUUCCUGAGGAGUGUGGGUCUCUGUUGUCAGACUUACUGCAAGGAAUGUUAGAGUAUGAUCCGGCCAAGAGGUUUUCUAUACAAAAUAUUCGACAACAUAACUGGGUGCGGAAGAAACAUCCCCCAUCUGAACGCCCGGUGCCGAUCCCCGCAAAUGCUGAGAGCAGGGACCCCUGGCGCAGCAUGACUGUGGUGCCGUAUCUGGAGGAUCUGCACGGCUACACAGAGGAAGAGGAUGACGAACUCUAUGACGCAGAGGAUGAGAUCAUUUACACUCAGGACUUCACAGUACCAGGGCAAGUGUCUGAUGAAGAUGCGACCGCAGACAACAGUCCUGCUAUGGCUAAGCCUGUGUGUGCAAAUGGAACGGAAGGGGUCUCUCUCAAUAACAAAGCCAAAGCUGAGCGGCGAUCAUCCUCAUCAUCUAAUCCCUCACGGAAAGGAGUUUCUGCAGCCAGCAAGAUUCGCAAGCUCUCCACCUGCAAACAACAAUGA